CCACUCCUCCACUCCGCCCCCUGGACAAGCAAAGCACAACACAUUCACAAGCUUUUAUGAGAAGAAACCAGCCCGUAUCCUACUUCUUAUCCUGUGAAAAUAACAGCAUUUAUCAUGGAAAAACUUGAUGCCUUCGUCAAACAGAUUAUUUCUUAGAAUAGGUGAGGCUUGUUGAAAAUGGAGUACUCGCGCAAGUGUUUUAGAUAUCCCGAAGAGAGACGACUAACAAGUAGAAAGUUUGUUGAGCUCCAUGUGCUGUUUGUACCAAAUGAACAGUGGAACUUAAAACUGAAUAGAGUGCCGGUUGAAGCCAUAGAGAGCUUCAUAUCUACUGGAUUCAUCAGGGUGUUUCCUGAUACAUCUCUCAGAACUCUCAGGAGUGAGCUUGGCAUUCUCCUCGGAGCUGAGAGAGAUAUUGACAAGUUUUCAUUUUUAAAAUGUGUGGGCCGAAGCUUGGCAUUGGUCAAAGCCAAACAAGAAAGGGAUCUGAAAGUGAAGUAUUUUGCCCCUCCAUAUGCCCCUCAGCCAGAGCUGUAUCUGUUGCCCAGGGUGGAGAUCGACAACAGUGUCUGUUCACAGUCCCUCACCCCCAACACCCACUCCACAGACCCCCAGACUUACUACACUGCCAGAGUGCAAGGAAUGCCAACAGGGACAAAAGAGCCUUUUAAAUUCCCUCAGAUCCCCCAGGGUCUCCAGCCACAGCCCCCUCCCUCCCCCAGCCCCGAUGAGGAGGCGGGGGAAGAGGAGAGCUAUAGCUCCACAGAGGAGAACGAGGAGGACCUUCUCUCCUCUCAGAAGCCUGGGUGCGCUGAGGAUGACCACCUCCUGUGGAAGGCCCAAGCCCAGGGGCCACCCCAGUGUGUCAUAGAGGCUAAAGAAUCCGUUGUGGGGAAGGUGGCACCGGCUAAGAAGAAACAGCGUUUCAAGAGAAACCGAGCCAGCGACUCGGGGGUUCCAGAGUCACUGGAAGAUAAGGAUUAUGUGUUUUCUCCCACCCCACACAGGUUUAGGAAAUCUAUAGAUGCACAGACACUGAAGUAUAUCAGGAAUAAACAAAAAAAUGAGGUCCCUGAACACCCAGUAACUAUGCCUACACAGUACGCCUCUCCACCCCCCGCCCCAACCCUGGGCACUCGUAAAACGGCUGCCUCGGUCUUCCUAUCAAGUAGAGAUGAACUGAUAGAGGAAAUUAAGAUGGCAAAAGAGGAGAGAAAGCAACUAGAACAGACAAGACAAGAGUUGCUGAGAAAAGGAAAAGACUUGCUGGCACAGAACAGACACCGUCGAAAUCAAGCUCGUGACAGUUGGAAGAGGAGCUAUUUUGAUACCAAGAAGGCCACAGCCCCUUUGGAGGUCACACUGAGAAGUCUUCGUCAAGAGCUGGAGAUAUUCUACAAUAACAUCCUACACCAGCUAAAGGCGAGGGAUGGAGGAGGAAAGCCCAGAUGGCGGGGAAGAUUGUCGAGCACCAAAAAUGAGCUCAUUAUCCAGAUAAUGACAGAGAGCCAUGAGAUUGACAACCUAAGGAAGAAGGUGGAUGAUGCCAAGAUGAGGCUCGUCACAGAGAUCAAGCUCGGGAAGCAGGCUGCCACAGAGCUGAGAGCCUUGAAGGCUGAGCUGGCCCAGAAGAAUACCCAGACAUUUCUCUCUGGAUCCAUGGGCUUUGGAGCAGGAGCAAGGGACAGACCGCAGGCUCAUAGCAUCCCUAACUGAGCCACUUCUACCAGUACCACCGUGGCCUUAUUCCAGAAGACAAUGUUCGCUUUUAGCUUAUUCCAAAUGAUAUAUUUUAGAAAAGGUCACAUUUAAAUUAUGUCUAUUUGCAGUGCAUAUCAAGUGAAAGCCAUGACUUCACAGUUUACCAAACAAUUGUUUGUAUUAAACUGUCGUGUCCCUGUUGCAGCAAGAACAAUCUCUCAUUUGAUCAUUUACCUGUGUUGAUACUACCAACUUAAAAUCGUAAGCAUGAAAACAAAUAUUUGUACAGUAUCAAAGCAACAGUAUCUGCCAUGACUAAGAGAUUUCGUAACUGUUUCAGGAUGGAAUUUUCUUCAGAAGCCACAGCGGUUUUAGGAUUGACUUUCUGAAGCGUAAACAUUUACAUCAUAUUUUAAUCUUAGUGGCUCUUACUGCAUUCCCCUAAAGUAGGUAAAACAACCACAUAUCCCGAUCAUUGCAAGCGAAACAACAAUCUGCAAAAAUCUGUAUUCGUGAGAGUAAAAGAAAAGACAAGUACAACA